GCCGCAGAAAUCGAAAAGUUUUCGCGGAAAACGAGGUUUGGAGAUCGAAGAUUCCGGCGGAUAAAAAUGUCCCUCGACGGAGAUAGAACCGCCCCGUCUACUGGCGCGGCCCCCUCUCGGCGAUGUUAGCGCGGGCGAAUGGCGGGCGGCGUGCGCCGUCGCGAGCCGCGCGACAGCCAAUCCGCGACGGCGUAGUAUCGCCGCGUCCGGGAUGUCGCUCACGGAACCAAGAUGGCAUCUGAGGACGGUGCGGGUAUCGUGUCAAACGUAGGAUGCGAUGUAAAUAAUACGAGCGAGCGAGCGGACGAGCCAGCCGGUGGGGAAACAACGAGUGCGACGUCAGCCGAAACGACGUGGUGCAGCGUCGUCGAGAAGACGACAACGGCAGCAGCAGCGAGUCUCGCUGCCUCCGCACGCAGUUCGUCCAGGACGCCCACGGGUUUCCCAGCAGCGUCACCGUUCCACGCGAACACGGAAGGCCACGGAAGGUUGCAGAGGGACUCGGACCCCGCGAGCUUGUCCGGUGAUGUGGGUAAACGGGUCGCGAGCGAAUCCGACGAGUCCCGAUCGCCGUCCCCCCAACGGCGCAGCAUGUCUCACCAGAGGACUGACCCGGACAGCGGCACCGCUCGUCUUCCGGGAGAACCAGACGAUAGUCCAGAUCACUGCAACAAUGAAAUAGUGAAAGCUACUAGGGAACCUGUUCAACAUAUACAUGCCGCCUCUACGUGUAACAACGAUACAAUGUUAUCGGGUGGUAUGCACACAUCAUUGUCUACAAAAGCGAAAUUAGAAGGGUGCGUGAAUUUCUCCAACAACACACCGCAGCUGGGAGAAAGUCCGCAGAGUAGCGGCGAGAUAAUCAGCAGCCCGAGAAGCCCCGACUACCCGCCGAGGGUUUCCGCGAGCCCUCACAGUCCAGAUAUAACGUUCUCCAUCAGCAUGAUGUCAGCAAUAGCGAACACUACAGCUGUAAUGGGCACGGCGAAAUGCAAUGAAGAGGGCACCGAUGACGUGGAUACGCGUACGGACAAAGGGACCGAGUACACAUUUUGUUCGUCACAACAGAAGAUCGAUGAAACACAAGCCAACGUCAAACAGACAGAACCGACGAGCAGCGAACAGCAAGACGCUCUUUCUACCGGAGAGACAAAACCUCCAGAGAGAGAAGUGAAAGUAGAGAACGUUGAAAUAAAGAAAGAACCGAUGGAAUCGCAGGAAGGCCUGCAGACAGUCAAAUCCGAACUGGUAGUUGACGCUUUGCUGGUAACGUCGUCGAGCAAAACGGAGGCUGGCGUGUCUCAAGAAAAACCCGUGGAUCCCACUAAUACACCUUCCAGUUCACAUUCGAAGACUUGCUCGUCCUCUAGCAAGAAACGCUCGAAGGAGCACAGCGAACGACGACAUUGCUCACGGUGCGAGAGACGCAGGAAUAUCAAGAGAGCGAGUAUCGGUGUACAGUGCAAGCGCGACCGUCACGUGUUGUCCUCGCUGAGCGGCAAGCCGAUGUCCAUGUCCUUCUCCAAAUCUACCAAUGAUAACCUGAGGUUAAAUUUACAAACGAAAAACUAUAAAACACUUCACAGUCCAGUAGUAAAAAGUGAAUUAUUGGAGGGCCUAAAGUACAAGAAAUACAUUCAUAUAGAAACUUAUCCGAAUGGAGGCGCAUCAGUGGUACACAUGUACCAAGACGAGAUUGAUAGCUUAUCCCAUGAACAGACGGAAGAACUAGCACAGGAAUACUUUAAGGUGGUGUUCGGUGAGGACGAAAAUGGGAAUGCUCAUCAUGUCAUGGGUAUAGUGCACAAUGCGGCUGCAUACCUACCCGAUCUUUUGGACUACAUGGCGAAUACUUAUCCCACAUUGACUGUGAAAAACGGUGUAUUGGGCAGGAACAGUGAUAUAGAAACGACAACAAUGGUUCAGUAUAAAGAUCAAGUCUGCAAAUCUUACAAUAACGGCACUGUCCGUUAUGGACCACUACACCAAAUUAGCCUUGUAGGCACGGUUCAUGAAGAAGUCGGCGGAUAUUUUCCGGACCUACUGCAGAAGUUGGAAGAAAAUCCCUUUCUAAAAAUGACAAUGCCUUGGGGACCUCUUUCUGUUGUAAAGAUGGACACGCCGCAAGAAUCGAAUGAUGGCCCUAUCCUGUGGAUCCGACCAGGCGAGCAACUGGUGCCAACAGCCGACAUAAACAAAAGCCCAUACAAACGACGCAGAACCGGCAUCAACGAGCUGAGAAAUCUGCAGUAUCUGCCGCGACUCAGCGAGGCUCGAGAGUAUAUGUUCGAGGAUCGCACGAAGGCGCACGCGGAUCACGUCGGCCAUGGAUUGGACAGGAUGACUACGGCCGCUGUUGGCGUGUUGAAGGCCGUACACGGGGGCCAGCCGUCCGAAUACAACAGGAUCACGAAAGACGUGGUGGCGUUCUAUGCGGGGGAUUUCAACGAGCUCGUCGAGAAAUUGCAGUUGGAUCUUCACGAGCCGCCUAUAUCGCAAUGCGUGCAGUGGGUGGAGGAUGCAAAAUUGAAUCAGCUGCGCAGACAAGGCGUUCGUUACGCCAAGAUCAAUCUCUACGACAACGACAUAUAUUUUCUACCGCGUAACAUCAUCCACCAGUUCAGAACGGUCUCUGCCGUCUCGAGCAUCGCUUGGCACAUCAGACUGAAGCAGUAUUACCCGGAGUCGCAGCAUAGCACGAGUAUCAGACAUAGCCGCGUAGUGAACGAAUCUGCUCAUCGCAUUAAGGAGAAGAAGCCGCUUGAAGCAGUCAGCAUCGGCGACGAGCAGAAGGAGAACACGAAUCGGCAACGCUUAGAGCAGAAAUUGUCAAUUGACUCUCUCGAGGAGAAGAAAGCGAAGGAGAGAGCAGCUGAGUAUCAGGGUAAUUUGAAGAAAUCCGAUCAGCACGGGAAGCAUCGGAAAAGUCAACAUCACUCCAGACAUUCAUCACUCAAGCGAAAGAACAAAGAAGAAGGCACCGACAAUCCGUCGGAUCCUUUCGGCAGCACCAAAUCGUCCAAGAGCGGCAUAAACGAGCAGAAGCAGAGCGGCGACAAGACCAGGGACGAGAAGAGAUCGGAGAAGCGACACAAGGAUCGCCACCGCAACGACGACAAGUCAAGUAGUGGUCAUCACAGCUGCAGUUCCUGUAAGAAGAAAAAAUACGAUAACAGUGGCCACAAGUUGGAGCAUCAUUGUAGCCACCAUGGUAGAUCCAAUGGUAACAGUAUAUCAAGCAAGGAAAGUAUUCCUGAUCUUAUGAAAACCAGAGUGAUUCCAAGCAGCUUCAGCAGUAGCUCGUCUUCCAUGAAAGAGGCCAAGAGACGACUAAGCGGCUCGGAAUUGUCUCCACCAGUCGAUAUUUCGGAGACCGACUCAGUUGUUCCCGAAGAAGAGGUACUGACGCAACGACAAGCCGUCGCCAAGACGUACGCCACCGAGGUGGUGGACAAAGCACUGGAGAUAGCGAUUUACAAAUCGAAGACCGACGUCGAAGAAGUGUGUCAGUCAUUGCGCACCGGUGUCGCCGAGGCCUCGAAGGAGGUGCUGGAAAGAAUUCGCAAAGAAAGCUACGAGAUCGCCGAGCGGAGGUUCAAGGACAAUACUGCCAAGUUAGAGAGCUAUUGUCAUUUGUUGGAGGGAGAAACGGUAUUGGCGUUCACGUCAAAGAUGGAAUGUGCGACGGAAAACGCGGUAAAAGCAUUGAUCGAGACCGCGGAAGAUGAGGCGAAGGAGAGAGCGAAGAACGAAGAGAAGACCGAAUUCUCGACCACUGAUAGUAAUACUGGCUGCGUAAUCUCGAAUACGACUUCUACCACUGGUGUUCCCUCAUAUUCCUCGUCAUUGACGUCCACGUCUCCGAUAUCCACCGAAAAUGAGAGACACAGCAGUAGAAACGGCAGUAGCGACGACAACUCGACUAAAUCGUCCGAUUGCCACGGCGCGUCGCACUCCAAAUCGAAGAGCAAGUACCGGGACGAAAAGGACUCCAGAGAGAGGAGGCAUGAGAAGAGAAGAGAUCGCGACAGACGAGAGCAUGAUCGGCACCGUCACGGUAGUUCACAGCGAAAAUCCGAAUCAAAGACUGGCGAAGCCGGCGAGCACGACGCGCUGAAGAUUCCCGGACUACCACACACUUGUCCACCUCUGUCCGUCGGGAAAUCCGAGCGGACGGACUCCAAGGAUGGCGAGGAGAGGCUGGAGGACAGGAGGAAGAGUCACUACAGUCAUCACUACAGCCACAGACACGGGAAGGAGAGGACAUCCAAUAGCCGCGGAGACAAGGAUGGCCACGCGGCAUCGAGUCGCUCGCACUCGUCGAGCUCAAACCACAAAAGGAAGUCCAAGUCAUCCGACGGACACAAGGAGACUAAGAGACCGCGUUUGGAAGUAGAUUCGAACACGCGGAGCUCCGAGUCGAGUACGUCGAGCAGCGUAAUAAAUUCAACGACGACAACGGCGAUAGCGACAGCAACAAUGACAACAGCGGUGACCACGACGACAUCGACGACGACGACGACGACAGCAGCGGCGGCGACGAUGACACAAGAGUCCCCGACGAACACUGUUAUAUCGAGCACGUGAAAAGGUGACGACUGUUCUCGACAACUGUAGUACAAUCCGCUUGUUAGGGGCGCGAAAUCGUAACGCGGCGAGAAAGCGCCGGUUUCUCACCUCGACAGCAUCAGCGCGAAGCUCCAACUCCGGGAGUCCUGUCGCUUGUGCGACUUUAGUGCGAGUCGGACGCAGCCGGAGCGACGGAGGCAAAGGAGAGCUACGCCGAGCCCGGUUUUGUGAGUACCCGAUAUGCGGAAGACAUUGUACUUUUACCAAAGUAGAGAUCGCCGUGUUUUCAAUCCAAAGACGAGAUAGAGGAACUUCACCGAUCGAGAAUUUGCUACUUCAUCCUUUUCCUCGUGGUGACAUACGUACGUACGUACGUACGUACGUACGUACGUACGUACGUACGUACGUACGUACGUACGUACGUACAUACAUACAUACAUACAUACAUACAUACAUACAUACAUACAUACAUACAUACAUACAUACAUACAUACAUACAUACAUUCAUUCAUUGCGUACUCUUGCAUCUACACUUAUACAGUCGCACACGCAUCGCCUUAGUCUCAAACAAAGAAGUUUACAAUACAAGAAGAGAGUGUUACUCACACUGUAUUUGAGUAAUGCUUACUAGUAUUAUUCAUUAAAACAGACACCACACAUAUACAUAUACACACCCCAUAUAACACAAAUGUUCACUAGAUAUCCUAAAAACAUUCUUAGGACAUCUAUCUAUUGGACAUUUGUGCUAUAUGGGACAUAACAAACGAUAAACAGAGGCAAGCACAACAUAACAUCUUCCGAUACAGGAUCGCAAAGAUUAUUUUGCUACAAGAGAACUCUCUCCGGACGUCUCGUACAUUGCUGAGAAUUAAAACUAAUAUUUAUAGAGUGUAGGCGACUCCAAUGUGUGAGAGGUGUACAAAAGAAACUUUGUACAAAUUUAUGAUCGAAAAUUGAUCCUCCUCUCUCCCCCCCCCC